AUGGCUUCCGUCGAUUCUGUCCUUCAGGGUGUCUCCGUUUCUGGCAAGGUUGACGACAUCCACCGCAAGAUCCUCACACCCGAGGCUCUCGCCUUUCUUGCACUGCUGCACCGUUCCUUCAAUGAGCGACGCAAGAAUCUCCUUGAGCGACGCAAGGCUCGCCAGGCCGAGCUUGAUCGAGGAGUUCUCCCCGACUUUCUUCCUGAGACUAAGCAUAUUCGCGAGAACCCUACAUGGAAGGGUGCGCCUCCCGCCCCGGGCCUGGUGGACCGUCGUGUUGAGAUCACCGGCCCCACAGACCGGAAGAUGGUUGUCAACGCACUAAACGCCAAUGUCUACACUUACAUGGCUGAUUUUGAGGACUCAAGUGCCCCAACUUGGGACAAUAUGAUCAAUGGACAGGUCAACCUGUACGACGCCAACCGUCGCCAGGUCGACUUCAAGCAGGGACAAAAGGAGUACAAGCUUCGCACCGACCGCAAGCUACCUACUCUCAUUGUCCGUCCUCGUGGCUGGCACCUCGAGGAAAAGCAUGUCACAGUUGAUGGCGAGCCUAUCUCUGGUUCCCUCUUCGACUUUGGUCUUUACUUCUUCCACAAUGCCUUUGAGACCCAACGUCAGGGCUUCGGCCCCUACUUUUACCUUCCAAAGAUGGAGAGCCAUCUUGAGGCUCGCCUUUGGAACGACGCCUUCAACCUUGCUCAAGACUACAUCGGUAUGCCCAGAGGCACCAUCCGAGGUACUGUUCUGAUUGAGACCAUUCUUGCCGCUUUCGAGAUGGACGAGAUCAUUUAUGAGCUUCGCGACCACAGCUCUGGCCUCAACUGCGGUCGAUGGGACUACAUCUUCAGCGUCAUCAAGAAGUUCCGCAACAACCCCAACUUUGUCCUGCCAGACCGUUCCGCGGUCACCAUGACUGUUCCCUUUAUGGAAUCAUAUGUGAAACUUCUGAUCCAGACAUGCCAUAAGCGUGGUGUUCACGCCAUGGGUGGUAUGGCUGCACAGAUCCCUAUCAAGAACGAUACUGCUGCCAACGACAAGGCUAUGGAGGGUGUCCGCGCUGACAAGCUCCGUGAAGUUCGUGCUGGACACGACGGCACUUGGGUUGCCCACCCUGCUCUUGCAAGCAUCGCUACCGAGAUCUUUGACAAGCACAUGCCGACUCCCAACCAGCUAUUUGUGAGAAGAGAGGAUGUUACCAUUGGCCAGAACGAUCUGCUCAACAUGAACGUCCCUGGUACCGUCACGGAAGAGGGAAUCAAGAAGAACCUCAACAUUGGUCUUGGCUAUAUGGAGGCAUGGAUUCGCGGAGUGGGUUGUGUCCCUAUCAACUACCUCAUGGAGGAUGCUGCCACCGCCGAAGUCUCUCGAAGCCAACUUUGGCAAUGGGUCAAACAUGGUGUUAACACUGCUGAGGGCAAGCGUGUUGAUAAGUCGUACGCUUUGAAGCUGCUCAAGGAGGUUGCUGAUCAGCUUGCUGCGUCUGCCCCCAAGGGUAACAAAUACCACCUUGCUGCUCAAUACUUCUCUAGUCAGGUCACUGGCGAGGAUUAUGCCGACUUCCUCACAACUCUUCUUUACAAUGAAAUCACUCAGGCUGGACCUCCCAGCCCUGCUUCUAAGCUAUAA